AUGGACCCCGGCGCCAGCGCCGGCGGGGGCGGACGCCGGGCGGGCUUCGAGCGGGCGUGCCGGCUGCCCAACACCGUCCACUCCGAGGUCCUGCCGUCGCUGCCGCUCCCCACCCUCCCGCGCGAGCUCGGCUUCGACGCGCUCCGCGACGACGAGCCCCUCGCCGCGCCCGACCGCCCCGACAUGAUCAUGCAGGCCGCCGACAUCGCCCGCAUCCUCGCCGACACCGACGUCUCCCACCUGGGCUUCACCCCGGAGGACAACGUCGACGUGGAUCCCAGCCGGUGCUCCUGGCUCUGGAGGGAGGUGCUCAAGCACAACCCCGACGCCUUCAAGGUCAAGGCGCCCGGGCCGUCUUCGCAAGGUCCAUUUGGAGGCCCAGGAUAUCAAAAUCAAGAACGUGAGAAGCACUUUGAGCAUCUUACACCUAAUACGAGCAAAGCACGAAAUGAAUCUGCAUUUCCUCAGGAUGAAAUUGGCUCACAUAGAGAGCAUUUUCAUAAUGAACUGACCCUGGAUUCCCUUGCUUCAAAGAAGCCAAAAGUAAGGAAGAAAGAAAUUAACAAUUCUGUUUCAAGUUCUGCCCCCAGCAUUCCUAAUAGUCAAGAAGUUAUUGCUAACUUCUGUGAGGUGGUGGAGGAUUUCUGUGGAAAAGCUGAAAUUCCCGACGAUGGAGAUGGCGGUGACUGGUUGUCAAUCCCACUUAAUGAUGUUAAGGUUCUUGUGAAUGAAAUUACAUCUGUUCGAUCCAAAAGGAUAUUGCAUGAGGUUCCUAUGGAUACAGUUACAAGGUUAUUAGAUGUGAUUGACCAUCAGAUUCGAUGUUCUCAAGGUUUAUCGAUAGAUGUGAAGGAAAAUUCUGAUGCCGUUGAUGCUGAACCUCUGGUUUUCUCUGCUUUGGAGUCCAGUCAUGCUGCGUUGGCAAUUAUGACCCACCAUGAUAUGCCAAAGCAACUGUAUCGAGAAGAACUUAUUGAGCGAAUUAUUGAUUUCUCAAGGCAUCAGAUCACAGAUUGUAUGUCAGCAAGUAACCCAACCUUCCGAGCUCUCUACAAACCAGCUGAAAAUGUUGCAAACAAUGGAGAUGAUGAUGAAGAUGAUUUGGAAAAUGGACAAGUUAGCAAAAGGAGACGUACUGCUACUAAUUUGAGCAUCAGGAAAUCUUCAAACAGAGUUUCUGCUUCUGUCUAUUCUGCUGUGCAGAAACUAUGCUUGAUAUUGGGCUUUCUUAAGGAACUGCUCACAACAGUGCGCUUGUCAGAUAGUUGUAUUCUGCAGUUAGCGAAAACAUGCUUUACUACAUUCUUGGUGGAUAAUAUGGAGCUAUUACAAUUGAAAGCGAUUGGGGUGAUUUGUACGGUGUUUUCAUCAUACACACAGCACAGGAGUUACUUGGUUGAUGAAACACUUCACCUUCUUCGCAAGUUGCAGUUUUCCAAAAAUGCUGUUAGAACCUACCAUCUAGCAGAUGAAGACCAAAAGCAAAUCCAGAUGAUAACAGCACUGUUAGUUCACCUGGUUCAGUUUAGUGCAAUUGUUCCCGAUAGCUUAAAAGGAACAGUUGAUUGGACCACUAUCGUUGAUGCCUCUGGUGAUGGUGAUUAUUAUCCAAUUAAAUGCCAUGAAGUGGCAACAGAGGCUUGUUGCCGUUUUUGGACUGAUGUCCUUCAACGUUUUACUGCUGCUAAAUCUCAAGAUAUGUCGGAAACCAAAGGAAUAAUAGAUAAUCUUGUUCAGGAUUUCCUAACGAUACUAAACUUGCCGGAGUAUCCAGCUGCUGCUUCUAUUCUUGAGGUUCUCUGUGUGUUGCUGCUUCAGAAUGCUGGAUUGAAAUCUAAGGACACUAAUGCUCGGUGCUUUGCUAUUGAUCUUCUUGGUGGUAUUGCAUCAAGAUUGAAGCGUGAUUCUGUCAUCUGUAGUGAGGAGAAGCUUUGGAUAUUGCAAGAUCUCACUGAUGCAGGUAGUGAUGGCUCAAAAAUCUUGAAAAACAAGUGCUGUGUUUGUCUUGGUGGAAGAGGUAUAAAUAUAGCCUGUAAUGAAUGCGGCAGAUGUUUCCAUUCAGAUUGUAUGGGGGCUGGUAGUCAGGAUAACUUACAGCGUGAUAGUGUCUGCCCCUUGUGUUUUUGCAAACAACAGCUCAAUGUGCUACAGUCAUACUGCCAGUCACAAAUUAAAGAAAAUGGCAAAAAAACUGCUGCCUCUGCUAGUAAGAAAUCUGCUAAACCAGUUGAGGUGCCAGCAGUGGAUAUUGUUCGACAAAUACUACUGAGUUAUCUCCAAGAAGCUGGUCCACAAGAUGAUGGGAACCUGUUUACUCGAUGGUUCUAUCUGUGCAUCUGGAACAAAGAGGACCAACAUUCUCAGGAGAUCAUCUACUAUCUCGCUAGGUUAAAAUCCAAGGAGAUUCUGCGAGAUUCUGGCAAUGGUCUGGCAAUUUCCAGAGAUUCAGCAAAGAAAAUUUGCUUGGCACUUGGUCAGAAGAACUCAUUUUGUAGGGGUUUUGAUAAAAUUCUUGCCCUUCUUUUGGCUAGCUUGAGAGAAAAUUCUCCUGUAAUAAGAGCAAAAGCCUUACGUGCGGUCAGCAGUAUAGUUGAAGCUGACCCUGAGGUCUUGGGUGACAAACGUGUCCAAUCUGCUGUUGAAGGGAGGUUUUGUGAUUCGGCUAUUUCUGUUCGUGAAGCUGCCCUUGAACUUGUUGGGAGGCAUAUUGCUUCACAUCCUGAUGUGGGCCUGAAGUAUAUAGAAAAAGUUGCUGAGCGAAUAAAGGACACUGGAGUCAGCGUUCGCAAGCGUGCGAUCAAAAUUAUAAGGGAUCUUUGUGCUUCAAAUCCGAACACGGACACAACUCAUGCCUUUGUGGAGAUAAUUUCUCGUGUUAAUGAUGAGGAGUCCAGUGUACAGGAUCUUGUGUGUAAAACAUUUUAUGAACUAUGGUUUGAAGAACCAACUGGGAGUCAUAAGCACUUGGUUGCUGAUGGAAGUUCAGUUCCAAUGGAGAUAGCUAAAAAGACUGAGCAAAUUGUUGACAUGUUGAGGAAGAUGCCCAAUCACCAACCCCUGAUUACCGUCAUAAAACGUAACUUGACUCUUGACUUCCUCCCUCAGUCAACCAAGGCUGCAGGGAUUAACUCAUCCAUGGUGGCAUCAAUUCGGAAGCGUUGUGAAUUCAUAUGCAAACGCUUAUUAGAAAGAAUACUGCAGGUUGAGGAGGGAGCUGCUAAUGAGAUGGAAAUCCACGCGCUUCCUUAUAUUGUUGCCUUGCAAGCAUUUUGUAUUGUUGAUCCCACACUCUGCAUUCCAGUAACUGAUCCUUCUAAGUUUGUUGUGACACUACAACCAUACCUUAAUAUUCAGGUUGACAAUAAAUCAGCUGCCCAGUUGCUUGAAAGUAUUAUUUUUGUGAUUGAUGCUGUUCUUCCACUCAUAAGGAAGCCGCCACAAAAUGUUGUUGAAGAACUUGAGAAGGAUCUGAAACAUAUGAUAGUUCGCCAUUCGUAUUUGACAGUUGUACAUGCUUGUAUCAAGUGCCUUUGUGCUCUGAGCAAGUCAGCAGGUAGAGGUCCAGGAUUACUGGAAAACCUUGUUAAUAUUUUCUACAAGCAUCUGUCUGGAGCUAGUUCAGAUAGUCAGCUGUUGGGUCGAUCACUGUUUUGUCUUGGACUCCUCCUUCGGUAUGGUUAUCAAUUGAUGCUAACAUCUGAAAAUCAGCUUGAUUUUCCCAAGAUUAUCAACUUGCUCCAGAGAAAAUAUCUUCUCAGGGAUGACUUCAGCUUGAAGGUUCGAGCUUUGCAGACUUUGGGAUACAUACUUAUUGCGAAGCCUGAAUUUAUGCUACAAAAGGAUAUGUUGAAACUCAUAGAGACAGCACUAUCUUCUGGGGUUGAUUAUAGAUUAAAGAUUCAAGGACUUCAAAACCUCUAUGAGUAUCUCAGAGAUGCUGAAAGCCAACUUACUGCUGAGAGUACUGCGAAACCUCCUGUACAAUGUGAAAUAAAUGGCGGAAGUGAAGUGCCUGUUGCUGCUGGUGCUGGAGACACCAACAUAUGUGGUGGUAUUAUCCAAUUGUAUUGGAGUUCUAUUCUUGAUAGGUGCUUGGAUACAAAUGAUCAAGUUCGCCAGAGUGCACUUAAGAUUGUUGAAGUUGUACUUCGCCAGGGUUUAGUUCACCCUAUUACCUGCGUUCCUCACCUUAUAGUACUUGAAAUGGACCCGCUGGAGGGGAACUCGAAGUUGGCUCAUCAUCUACUGAUGAAUAUGAAUGAAAAGUACCCUUCAUUUUUUGAAAGCCGCUUGGGUGAUGGACUACAAAUGUCAUUUAAAUUCUUUGAAAUCAUAGUCGGCAACCAUAAGAUGGCAGCAAACAUAAAAUCAAAUCCAAUUGCAUUUGUCAAACCUGGCAUAUCUAGAAUAUACCGUCUUAUCCGUUCAAAUCGAAAUUCCAGAAACAAAUUUGUCCACUCGAUAGUUCGGAAAUUCGAGUCUGAUAGCCGGAGUCGCAGCACAGUUAGCUUUCUUGUAUACUGUGCUGAAGUUCUUGCCUCCCUGCCUUUCACAUGCUCCGAUGAACCACUUUACUUGAUCUACGAUAUAAAUCGAGUUAUUCACCUUAGAGCUGGAGGAGUCGAGGGCAAUUUGAAAAGGUGGACUUCUAUGUCUCAACCGCAGGAUACGGCGGGUAUGCCAACAUUGCCAAGAGAGAGUCAUGUUGUCAUGCAAGAGCCUGGCGGAUAUUAUGAUAAUGUGGGAUAUGUUCCUGAAAGGGUGAAUGACAACAAUCCUUGCAGUACUUCAGACGUGGACAUGGCCAAAGUGCAGGUGGAUGUGGACGUGGCCAAAGUGCAGGUGGAUGUGGACAUGACCAAAGUUCAGGGAGAUUGCCAUGAUGCAAUAGCCCUCCAGCUACUACUGAAAUUGAAGAGACAUUUGAAAGUUGUUUAUAGUUUAGAUGAUGCCCGCUGUCAGGCAUUUUCUCUAAAGGAGCCUCCGAAAUCUGGAGAAGCAUUCUCCAGGCAGAAUGUUCCUUUUAAUAUUGGCAACACUAACAUCAGUCUGCCGAGCUGCCUGCAGGAUGUAGCUUCUGUUUACCAGGAUUUCAAGACAGCGCUCCGCGAAGAUUCCAUGGACUUUGCUGUGUUCAUCCCUUCAGUCCAGACUAGGAAGCGCCCAACCCCAAGAAGUACGACGAGAGUCAGGAGAACGGCUGCCCCGAGUGUCACAAAAGCCCGUGGUGGUGCACGGGGAGACGAUUCUGAUGAUGCUGACGACGACGACUGGACCGGGGGCCCAAGAAUGCUCGACUUCAGUGGGGGCGGCCGUGUGACAAGGCAGAGGGUCCAAUCCCUCGGAAUAAUUAACAUCGAUUACACAAUCAUGGAAGAGCAGCAAGUCAAGCCAUCAGAUCUGCCACCCACUAGUUCGGACAAUCAGGAUCCAGUUGCAACACCUCCUGUUACCAGUGCUGAUCCUGUUCGUCCGGCUGCUUCAACUGAUUCUCCCAGUCAGGUUGCCGGUGCAGCUCCUGCACCUACCGCUGCUCCUGCAGAAGAUGCUGCAGGGCGUGAGGCGCCAGCAUCCGUGCUUUCUGCAUCUGGUUUAUCCUCCUGGGCUAAGAACCUAAAAAUCCCCCAGCCUUCAUCAGGUCAAGAAUCACCUACAGGAAAGAAUACCUUUGCCCGUUUAACAAGUGGCCUUGGACUGCGUAUGUCUCCAAAAGCGGCACAGCAAGAUGAGGGUGCUGAAGGAAGCACCUCCCCAACAACAGGACAGCCCGGUGUUUUUGGUUCUUUGACGAAAGGCAUCGUGGAUUCCUCUAAGAAUGCUGUAAAGGCAGUGCAAGUCAAGGCUCGCCACAUGGUCUCACAGAAUAAAAGACGAUACCAGGAAGGAGGAUUUGAUUUAGACAUGACAUAUAUUACUGAGAACAUAAUUGCUAUGGGUUUUCCCGCUGGUGACUUGAGUUCAGGGCUUUUUGGAUACUUUGAGGGUUUCUACCGCAACCACAUGGAGGAAGUCAUCAGGUUCUUUGAAAUGCACCAUAAGGGGAAGUAUAAGGUGUACAAUCUUUGUUCCGAAAGGCUAUAUGAUGCAUCUCUUUUUGAAGGAAAGGUGGCCUGCUUUCCUUUUGAUGAUCAUAACUGUCCUCCAAUACAACUUGUCAUAUCAUUCUGCCAUAGUGCCUACUCAUGGUUGAAGGAGGAUAUAGAGAAUGUGGUGGUUGUCCAUUGCAAAGCUGGUAAGGCAAGGACAGGAUUGAUGAUCUCGAGUCUUCUACUAUUUCUAAAGUUCUUUCCUACUGCUGAGGAGUCCAUUGAAUACUAUAACCAGAAAAGAUGUGUAGAUGGAAAAGGGCUUAUUCUCCCAAGUCAGAUUAGAUAUGUGAAGUAUUUCGAGCGCAUCUUAACUUACUUCAAUGGUGAAAAUCAGCCACCCCGAAGGUGUAUGCUUAGAGGGUUUCGUCUUCAUAGAUGCCCCUAUUGGAUUAGGCCAUCAAUUACAGUCUCUAAUCACAAUGGCGUUCUUUUUUCUACAAAGAAGCAUCCAAGAACAAAAGAACUAAUGCCAGAAGAUUUCUGGUUUAGUGCACCAAAGAAGGGGAUUAUGGUUUUUGCAUUGCCGGGGGAACCUGGCUUAGCCGAGGUAGCUGGUGAUUUCAAGAUCCAGUUUCAUGAUCGACAGGGAGAUUUUUACUGUUGGCUAAAUACAACAAUGAUGGAGAACAGGGUGACUUUGAAUCCAACUGAUCUUGAUGAUUUUGACAAGAGAAAAUUGCCAUCACCUGGAUUCCAGGUUGAGGUUGUCCUGGUAGAUUACGAUGGCUCGCAACCACCAAAACCAAAACCAGCCGCUGGACCUGCUGGUACUAAAUCUGAUGCUGAUUCCUCGGCUAGCACGGUUGCGAAAGAAAAUAAUGCUGCACCUGCAGAAUCCAACAAGGGAACUGGAAGCAAUGAUAAAGAUGAAGUUUUCUCCGACAGUGAUGGGGAGGAUGGAUCAUCCAAGGGAAGAAAGGAGAAGACUGCCGGCGGUGGUCAAAGUAGUGUAAAUGCUGCUAAACCAUCCCAAACAAGCAAUGUGCAGGAGGCGGCAUCAGCUGCUGCUAGUAGGCUGGAUAAAGUAGCAAUAACCAGCGAACAAGGAACCACAAAGGCACCUGAUGGCGCAUCUCUCAAAACUGAAGUCAGCAGCAAGGCCAGCUCCACCACAGCACCACCUACAGCUGCUGACUCUUCCAGCAUGAGCGAAUUCAAGGCGAUUGCAGCAGACGCCUCAGUGUUCUCGUUCGGAGAUGAGGAUGAUUAUGAAAGUGAGUAG